AUGCUAACCGAAAAAAGCUUAGAUGAUAGCUUAAAUGAUUCAUUACAACCAUCUUAAUUGAAGAAUCUCGAAGAAGAAUUUGAGACAAAUUAAAUGAUGAAUCAAGAAAGCUCUGUUAAAUUGGAAAAUAGUUCAUCAUAUAAUUAUGUAAAACCUUAAUGUUCGUAUCGUUAUACUUAUUCAUCAGAAGAAUAUUCAUCAGAAAAAGAAGUGGAAAGAAAAUCACCUUACCAUUUUUAAAACCCUUAAUUUCUGACUUUUGGGUAAAUGGAUUCAAAUUUAGGAGAAAUUAAAUAGUUGAUUAAAUAACAUAAUUAUUAAUAAGCAUACAAAGAACUAAUAAGAUUUCAAGAAGUAAGAUAGGAUUAAUUAUCAUAAGAAAACCAAUAAUAUUUAUAAUAUCUCUUUACUUAAAUCUACUUUGGAUUAUAAAAAUAUCGUGAAAUGUUUGCAAUGGCUAAUUAAUUAAUUAAUUUUGAUCUUGAUUAUGUUAGUCAUAUAUUAGAUAUGUUAAUAAAUGCAUCUUUAUUGAUAANCGGAUAUACCUAAAUAAUAAAAAUAUAAUUGACUAACCUUUUGAAUUUAGAGCAUGCAUGA